AUGGGAGUUGACUGGGAGUACCUGCGGGGGGUGACGGGCGAUGCAGGGGAGUGGAAAGAGGCAGACCUGGAGGAACUCUAUCAGAGUCUUGCCAGUGUGACAAAAUUACGACCAAGAGACAAGACGCCAGAGAAACUUGAGUUGCUGUUCACUCUCACCCAGGCAGUGAUGAUGACCAAGUACUCACAGGUUGUGACACUGGAGGAAGAGGUCGGUCGCCUGGCAGAGUCAGCAGGUCGUGGAGAUGCCCAAAGAGAGCAAGAGCUACAAGCUGAGAUUAAGCACCUGAAAAAAUUACUUAAAAGCAGCCAGAUACCUGAAGCUGCCGCAGAUAGUGAUGUUCCUUAUGAUUGGUCGAGUGGCUGGAAAAUUAAGAAGAAGGAGAUGGAGGAAGCUCUGCUGAGGAAAAAUGAGGAGAUCCAGCAGUUCAUGGAUGACUUACAGACCUGUGAAAAUGAACGUGCUUCCCUCCGUAUGGCAGUGAUGGAGUUAGAAGACCGUUUAGCUGAUGCAACGAAGGAGAUCAAUAGGAUAACAUCUGAUUACAUAAGUGUUAAAGAGUCCCAUAACCAUGCUCAAGAGAGUCUGUCCAUUAUUCGAGAAGAAGUCAAGGGUCUCCAUUGUCAAGUUGAAGAACUGGCAGCAGAGAAGAGCUUUGUGCAGGAGAAAUAUGACGAACUCAGCACUGCUGUGGAUGCCCGAGUUGAUCAGCUGAAGAUUGUUAUUAGUCAACGUGAAGAGGAACUGCAGAGGGUGAAGGCUCAGCUGUUCCAGAGGAGUAGCUUGGGUCCUUCCUUCCAGCAGGCUCAGAGUGACAUGUCCCAUAUACUUCACUUGGAACAGGAGGUAAAAGAGAGGGAUGAAGAAAUUACGCGUCUUAGUCAGCAGUUAGCUGAAGCCACUCAGGAAAUUGAGUCUAGUGCUGUGAUUAUAAACAAACUCAAGAAGAGUCGAGUUUCGGCAGUAGAAGGCGAUGCUGCUGUAAUAAACCAGCUACGAGGAGAGCUGCAUGAGGCACAACAGCAAGUGCAGCAGAUGAGAACACAGCUCUUGGCGGCAGAGGAAGAUGCCCAGCUCCAUGCUCAGGAUGUGAGUGCAAAUGAGAUUAAACUAUUGUGCUUUGAAGUUUGA